GCCCGAUCGGACGGUAAAUAAAGAAGUACCUUAUUGUUGUUUAUAGCCAGAGUGGUUUUUUGCCCCUAGAGGUCAAAAUAUUUGACCUAGGAAAAAAUGAGUGAUAUUUUUGGAAUCAGCGUGUCAAGAUCUAUCGGUUGGCAUAGUUUGGCGAUGUUUUGAACUCGACGCUGAAAACGAAUACGAAUACGACGCUAACUUGAUGGACAUUAUUUUCUAUGCCUUUGCUCUUGAGAUCAAACCUCCUUUUGUACAGAAGCUCCACGUGCUCCUUUGAUCUCAGCUUCAGCAGGAGUAUUCUUGGUUUCGCAGGUGCAAUUGGAUAAUUAUGAAGAUAUUUAAUUUUGCACUUCUUUUACAUUUAGCUCUCUAUGCAAGUGUGGUUGGGCUCUCUAUAGAUGAUGUGCCCCAGAACACAACAGACCCAUGGUCGCCAAUACUACUGGACCUACCCCUGGCCGCCGGCGCCAGUCAGCAACUGCAUAUAGCUGGUAUCCCAGCCACUGCUCAGCUGGUGCUCGUGCAGGCGCACGUGCAGCGUGGCACCGUCAGCCUCGAGCAGGCGGCCGCCGACGGCAGCGGCCCAGAGUCUGUGACCGGUCCACAUGUAGGCCUGGUGAACCGGCUGACCGGCGGCAGCUCGACAGCCACGGUGACGGUCACCAACGAGGGCCUCGACAGGGGCACCGUGCUGGUGGUCGUCACACUUCUGCCCAACUACACCCCUAUACCUGGCGGCUGCAGCCAGGUAGAGGACGUCCCCGACGCGCCCUUCUUCCGUGUGCAGACCGUACACGACGCGUACAGCCUCUUCAACGUACCCAGAGCGCAACUUGGCGUUGACAGGGGUAUGGGUUUUACGUGUGACUCGGCGCGCGGAUCGAUGGAGUACUAUGCGUACGUCAUGUACCCCUCAUACAGCCUGCGAGAUGACUACGACACGUUCAAGGACGCUAUCGCCAGCAUGCUGCAGCCGGAUGACAUGGAGGACAAUGGUUACAUGGUGGACAGUCGGGACCCGCUGUACCCACUGCGGUACACGUUCGCCCUGUACCGCGGGUACUCGGUGGUGUACGGCGCCGCGGUGACGGGCGUACCGCCGGGCCGUGCUCCCGCCACGGCCGCCUACGUCCCGGCCGUGCUGCACGGCUGCCCCGUGUUCGGCGGGGACGACCCCGAGUGUCCGCCAGAGAUUGCGCUUUAUUUCUACCUGACGGCCGCCCUGCUGUUCGUGAGCGGUGCACUGCUGCUCACGGUGGCCGCUCGUGAGCUGAGUCUGCACGUGGUGCUCACCACGGCCUUGCCGGUGGCGGCUCUCGCCGUGCUGGUGUUCAGGCUGCUCACCUGGGAUGAGCCGAAUGUGACGCUGGCCAUCGGGUUCGUCGUGGGCCUGCUGGCCGGUCUCGUGUACGCCCGACAGCACACGGUCGGCGGAUGGAGCCGCGGCCGUAUGACCCUCGGUACUGCUCUGCUGUUCGGGGCCACCCUCGGAGCCGUGAUACUCUUCGUACCAGAUCUGCAGCUGAUGGAGCUCUCUGCUGACGCCGUGUUCUGGCCCGCGUUUGUGCUGUUUACGCUAGCAUUCACGCUCAUCGUACUGAUCCCGGGACUGGAGCUGUGUAUCGUAGUGACCCGGUCUAUGCUUGGCUCGGCCUGGAUUAUGCUCAGCCUCGCCAUGCUUACCGGCUCAGUCACCAUCUACAUUUUCUCCAACCUGUUCCGACGAGCCAUCUAUCCCGAGUUCAAAUACGCCAACCUCCAGAUGCGGUUUCUCGCCCAGGACUACGUUUGCGUCUCAAUAUUCACCCUCCUGCUGCUCGUCUCGCUGUCUCUGUCCCUCGUGGCACUGUACCGGGGCGGCUCAGCGGCCGGCGCCCCCCGUCCUCCGGCACAGCCCGGCCGACGCGCCCGCCACUGGGCCGAGCGACAUCGCCUUCUGCCCGACGACCGGCAGCACCUACUUGGUGGGACGUAUGGGGCUACGGCGCCCCAUUCGCCGCCCUCGGCCUGAGAGGUGGGCUGGGACAGUCGGAGAGGGGAGGGAUCAGCCUGACGGGCUGCAUUGGUCAGCUAAAGACAAGUAACAAAGGGUCGGCUGGAGGUAUGGGGUUGGGUCUGACUUGCAGGCGGGAAUCGGUUGGCCUGAGAGGCGGGCGGAGGCCAGCCCGUCGAUUUUCAGUCUGCUAGGCGCGUGGGUAUCCGUCUGAGAUGCACCGGACAUGGGUCAGAUGUUUGUUUCAGUCCUCUCUCGCGAUGAUUGCGAUUUUCUAUUCCCUCCUUAUGGUGCUGUUUGAGUGUUGCAGGAUUCUCAGUCAUUCAUGAACUUUGCUCUCUUGGCCCG